GCGUCAACAAGUUAAUCAAAAUGGUUGAGUUCUGAAUGUUUUUUUAGAGAUUAGUCAUUUUUUAUCUCUCUUCUUCGGGUUUUUUUCGCCUUCGGGUGUGAACAUUUGUGAGUCUUGAGGCAGAAGGUGGCUUGUGUGUAUGUGUGGAUUAAUCCUAAGCUGUACAGCCUCUGCGUCGAAGGAGUUUGGUGUAAUUCGAGUUUGACUGCGAAGAACUUAUCACUUUUAUCGAAACUGACGAAGAAUUCUCUCUCCGAUUCCUUCCCAUCGCAGCGUGACUGUAUCGGAGAAUCCAGGCACAGCGAGAUCCGUGACUGCUGGACAGUGCGCGACGAGGAUUGUGCGAGGCUGGAUGGAUGGAUGUGCCCGUUGAGUAGGCGGCGCGGUGCGUCGGAUGCGCGGCCACCCUGCUGGUCGGCCCGGCCGUCCUUGCCACCAUGCUGGGGGGCUGGUCGCCCGGCGAUGAUCCCAUCGGGCUGGUCUUGCUACCCUCCGCUGUCGUCCUGACUCAUCUGCUCUCCGUGCUCACUAUCAUCUCCUCUCUGUCCAGAAUCUCAGCGUUGUAUUCUCCCUGUCCUCGGGCAGCCUCCCGUCACCCUCCUGGACAGCUGCAUCUCCGGCCAUGCCCGACAAACGGCCCAACUGGCUGCGCUGGCUCCUGGUUAAACUGGGAGUGGCGAAGGCGGCCCCCAGCGACACCUACCGCACGGUGUACGUCAACCACUUCCAGCGCCACCUCCCGCCCGCUGGGGCCCCGGCCGAUCCCAACCAGCACAACCUCCUGCCGCUGCACCAGCAGAAGCCCCUCCCACACCGCCUCUCCUCCGCGUCGGCCGCCGCCCAGGGCAGUCUCUCAAGGGCCAACGCGGCGCUCCCCGCCGCCGAGGAGAAGUACCCCGACAAUCGCAUCGUCUCCUCCAAGUAUACCGCGUGGAAUUUCCUGCCCAAGAAUCUCUUCGAGCAGUUCCGCCGUAUCGCCAACUUCUACUUCCUUUGUGUCGGGAUCAUUCAGUUGAGCAUCGACAGUCCCGUCAGCCCGGUGACGUCCAUCGCUCCGUUAAUCUUCGUCGUCUCCGUCACAGCCAUCAAGCAGGCGUACGAGGACUGGCUGCGGCACAAGGCGGACCUGCAGGUCAACAACCGGUCGGUGCGCGUCUUGAAGGACGGCCAGCUGCAGCGCGUGCAGGCCAAGCACAUCCAGGUGGGCGACAUCGUCUACGUCGUGGACGAGCACAAGUUCCCGUGCGACCUGGUCAUGCUGGCCUCCAGCAACGACGACGGCCGCUGCAGCGUGACGACGGCCAACCUGGACGGCGAGACCAACCUCAAGGUCUUCCGCUGCAGUCCCGCCACGCAGGCGCUGCAGACCGUCGAGGCGCUGUCCGCGCUGCGCGCCACCAUCCAGUGCGAGCAGCCCACCACCGACCUGUACCUAUUCCGCGGGCGGCUGCUGAUCCACUCGGACCGCGAGCUGAACGCCUCGACGCCGUACAUGACCAGUCUGAGCCAGCAGAACCUGCUGCUGAACGGCGCGCGGCUGAAGAACACGCGCUUCGUCUUCGGCUGCGCCGUCUACACCGGCCAGCAGACGAAGAUGGCGCUCAACUCCGUCUACACCAGCAAGAACAAGUGGAGCACCAUCGAGCGCGGCAUGAACGAGUUCCUCGGCUUCUUCUUGUUGCUCUUGCUACUGGAGGUGGCCGUCUGCACCGGGCUCAAGUACUGGCUCACCGCGCAGCCCCGCGGCCAUCCCUGGUACUCACCCCUCCCCCAGGAUCCCGAGACACGCGUCACGGCGAAAGGCGUCAUCCAGGACGUGUUCGCCUUCCUGGUGCUCUUCAACUACAUCAUUCCCAUCUCGCUCUACGUCACGCUGGAGCUGCAGAAGUUCCUCGGUGCCAAAUUCCUCGUGUGGGACGUGGAGCUCUUCGACAAGGAGCGCAAUCUGCCCGCCAAGGUCAACUCCUCCGAUCUCAACGAGGAAUUAGGACAGGUGGAAUAUCUGUUCUCCGACAAGACCGGGACGUUGACGGAGAACGACAUGAUCUUCCGGAAGUGCGCCGUGGGUGAGCGCGUGUUCGGGGACGUGGGCGGCCGGCUGAUGGAGGUGUUCGAGGGCAACACGCAGGACUAUUUAGUGGACCUGACCGAGCCGGAGCUGCAGCGCUUCAUGCUGCUGCUGGUCCUCUGCCACACCGUUGAGGUCAGCCAGGUGCCGCUCCUGCCCACCUCCUCCGAGAACCUCAAGGGCAAGGGCCGGCGCAAAGGCCGCAGCUUCUCCGACGAGUCGAUGCGGCUGCGGCACGCCAAGGGCGAGGUGUUCUACGAGGGCGCCAGUCCGGAUGAGACGGCGCUGGUGCUGGCCUGCCGGCGCUACGGCGUCGUCUUCAAGGACCACAAGGACGGGCAUCACGUCGUCAGCUAUUUAGGGGAGGAGAGCCGCUACGAGGUGCUGCGCGUGCUGGAGUUCGACGCGGACAGGAAGCGGAUGAGCGUCGUCGUGCGGCUGGACGAGUACCGCGUCGUGCUGCUGGUCAAGGGCGCCGAGACGGCCGUCCUCCCGCGGGUCACCGCCGGGGACGUGGAGCGCAUGCAGCGGCAUGUCGACGCCUUCGCGCAGGAAGGCCUGCGGACGCUGGUGAUGGCCGAGCGGCAGAUGGGCAACGAGGAGUGGAUCGCCUUCCUCGACGACCUCAACGAAGCCAGCAACCUGUUGGUCGACCGGGAGACGCGCGUCCGCGAGGUGUACGAGGACCUGGAGAGCAAUCUGACCCUCCUCGGCGCGUCCGGCGUGGAGGACCGCCUGCAGGACGGGGUGGCGGAGACGCUGGAGGCGCUGCGCGUCGCCGGCAUCCGCAGCUGGAUCCUCACCGGCGACAAACAGGAGACGGCCGUCAACGUCAGCUACUCGUGCGGCCACUUCAAGAAGAGCAUGCUGGAGCUGCAUCUGACCAAGUGCGAGGACGUCAGCACGUGCGAGACGCUGCUGCAGACCAUGCGGCAGACCAUGAUCCAGCAGGAGGCCGACCGCGAGAACUGUCUGGUGGUGGACGGCGCCAGUCUCAAGCUGGCCUGGGAGCACCACCGCACGCUGCUGCGCGACGUGGCCAUGGGCUGCGUCGCGGUGUUGUGCUGCCGGAUGUCGCCGAUCCAGAAGGCGCUCAUCGUCCGCAUGAUCAAGGACUCCCCGAAGCAUCCCAUCACGGCGGCCAUCGGCGACGGCGCCAACGACGUCAGCAUGAUCCAGGAGGCCCAUGUGGGGCUGGGCAUCUACGGGAAGGAGGGACGGCAGGCGGCGCGGGCCGCUGAUUUCUCGUUUGGCAGGUUCCGGAUGUUGAGCAAGAUCUUUCUGGUGCAUGGGCACUGGUACUACCACCGCGUGGCCACGCUGGUCCAAUACUUCUUCUACAAGAAUCUGGCGUUUAUCACGUCGCAAGUGUUCUUCGCGUUCUUCUCGGCGUUCUCCGCGCAGACAGUGUUUGACGGGGUUUAUCUGACCUUUUACAACAUCAUCUUCACCUCGGCGCCCAUCCUGGCGUUCGGGCUGUUCGAGCAGGAUGUCCCGUCGCCACUGCUGCAGGCGCAACCGCAUCUCUACAGUCUGAAUCGUCGGAACGCGCGGCUGUCGGUGAGGGAGUUCGCCACGUGGAACCUGUUGGGUGUGUGGCACGCCGUGGUCUUCUUCUUCGGCUUCUACUGCUUGGUGUCGCCCAACGGCGUGCUGGACCGCAGCGGCCAGAACUACGACAUGUGGACCUUCGGCACGGCCGUCUUCACCACCAUCAUCCUCGUCGUCAACCUCAAGAUUCUCUUAUACGCUCGCCACUGGAACGGCUUCCUGCUGGGCGCCGUGCUGAUCAGCUUCCUGGCCUUCCUCACGGUGUCGCUGCUGUACAACGCCGCGGUGUGGAAAAACAUGGUGAGUCCGGACAUGUACUGGGUGUUCUUCGUCGUCUUCGCCAACCCCUCGAUGCCGCUGUGCAUCCUGCUGCUGGUGGUGGCCGCGCUCCUCCCGGACGUGAUCCUGCAGGUGCUGGAGACCAGCCAGCUGCGCUCCGCCUUCCUCAAGCCCUUCCUCGACUGGCGGCCCACCCUGCCCAUGCGCAAAUGGAGUCCGCGGUCCUUCUCGCUGGAGGGCGAGAUGGAGAAGAACAGCCGCCUGGCCGUGCGCAGCCGCUACCACGGCCCGGCGCUGUCCAUGGCCACCACCGCCGACUCGGGCAACUCGGGGACCGUCUCCCUGUCGGCGCUGGGCCAGCAGGCGCGGUAUCGCGCGCAUUCGCCGUCCCCCGAGCCUCCGGCGGACGACGGGGGGCUGGUGGGGCACCCGCACCCCAGCACCGUCCACUUCCUGCCCCUCGACGCGGCCCCCGCCCCGCGCAUCGUCGCCACAUGAAAGCGGGGGUUAUUAGCGCGUCGUUUCUCGUCUGCACCCCGGUGAUGCAAGUGCUGUGAUGCCAAAGGAGCCUUCGUUAGCAGAGAUGUCAAUUAUCCUUGUUUGGCUGCCUCGGUGAAGGAGGCAGUUAGUCCCGAUGGCGGACGACGGCGUCCGCGUCCUUCCGCACCAUUCCCUCCGCGGCGAUGGCGGUCCGCGACUGAGUCAGUAAUCUUUUCUCUUGUGAAUCUGUAAUCUGUUGUUUUGUUGUCCAGUGCGCGUUCUUUUAUGCCGGCAGCGGCCGGCGCGGGAAUCUCUCCGUUGCAGGGCGUCAAAUAGAUUUUAUAUUGGGUGUUUUUACUGCGUUUUCUGUGCUCGUGAUACACGUGGACCGCAAAUGUUUGUAGCCGUGUUUGUGUCGGUACAGCUGCUGUUUUACGCUGAAUAUUCAACAGUUUAAAUCAAUAAAAAA